AUGCAGUUAACAAGAUUUGUUAUUGUUUUGAUUGUUUUGGUCGUUGACCUAUGCAUUUUGGUGGAAUGCCAGCAAAAACAGGGCGCUGGAAACAAAAGGACAUUCUCGGAAUUUUAUCCAUCGCAAUACCAAUACAGACCGCAAUAUCACAACAACAAUCCGUAUCAAUGGUCGCAAGGAUGGGGAUCCAAUGGGCCACAAAAUCAAUGGCAAUUCCCGCAAAACCAAUGGAAACCGUGGGGUUCUAACUGGGGAUCGGGAUCAGGAUGGGGAUCGGGAGCAGGAUGGGGAUCGGGAUCAGGAUGGGGACCAAGUCAAAGCUGGGGACCGAGUGCGAGUUGGGGACCUGGCGGUGGUUGGGGAUCAAACCAGCUUCCGCAUAUCCCACAACUUUCACCUCAGUUCGGAAGUUUCCCAAAACCGUCUUUAGGUCACGUUCUAGAUUCUACUUUGGAUAUUAUUAAAAAAACGCAACAAGCGCUACAGUUUAUUCCAAGAAAAGAUCAAUAA